CAUGCCGUCCGCGCUGUCGCUCUCGCUGCUGCUUCUGCCGCUGGCCGCUGCCGCCGCCGCCGCUGCCGCCUCCGCCGCGCCACAGCUCGACUUCCACGACGCUGUCGUUGUGGAGGCGGAGGCGCGCGCGGAGCCCCGGCCACAGCCGGCCGGCCGGCCUGACUGCAGCCUGGAGGCGGCGCCCGGCCGCUGCCGCGGGCUCUUCCACAGCUUCUUCUGGAACGCCACCGCCCGCCGCUGCCAGCCCUUCAUCUGGAGCGGCUGCGAAGGCAACUCCAACAGGUUCGACAGUGAAGAAGACUGCCGCCACGCUUGCGCAUGAAUGCAACGACGUCCCUUCCCAAGAUGACGUCAACAGUCGCACAACUGCACAUUAGAUAAGGUGUCACACUGAAGUAUAACGCACCUACAUUGAAUGGAAACGCCAUUAUUCUGGGAGCCUUUGGACUCUUCUUUCACAUCUGUGGAUCAUUCUUAAUCAAGACAUACCAUAUGGAUAUUUCAAUUUACAUUUUCAGUAUUUAUGUGUUCAGUGUAACUAAUUACAUCUGUUAAAUACAUAUAAUUGUUGUUAUUUCCUGUAUUUACCUUACAAAUAGUAGGAGAAAUAAUUUAUGAAUGUCAAGCACAGUCUUCAUUCGACAUUGUGAAUCUACGUUAUGAAGACAGGAGUAAUUCUGAAUUAUUUCAAUAGAAUGAAUAUGUGUCGAUACUUGUGUGUGAACGGUAUGGUCAACAUGAUCCAAUCCACGAGAAUAUACGUGUUGGUAUAGUUAGUGUAACUGUGUAAUAUCUUAAAAAUGAGUUGCUUUAGUUUUCAGCAUUUUACGAUCAGUGAAGUUUUUAAGAGUUAGUGCUGUUUGUAAAGAAUUUUGAAGUUCCUAUGUUUUGCAAGUGAUUUAAUACGUCUCCUUGUUGUUGAUGUGCAUGUCUAUGACUUCACGGGUGUUCAGAGAACUUUAUACACAUACCAGCUGCGCCUGAAAGAUAAAAAUAUUCUACCCGUACAAGGUUUCGAACUGGAACUGUGAUGUUAGAAUUGGGAAACGGUUAUUAAAAUACGUUGUAGUUCAAGAACU